AUGGGGCGUAACAUUGCAGCUUCAGGUGGAAAAUGCGGAAUCGCUGUGGAGCCUUCAUAUCCGAUCAAAAAUGGCCAAAACCCACCAAACCCGGGACCUUCACCUCCAUCUCCCAUCAAGCCUCCGAUCCAAUGUGACAAUUACUACACAUGUCCUCAGAGAUAUACUUGCUGUUGUCUCUUUGAGUAUGGAAAGUAUUGCAUUGCUUGGGGAUGUUGCCCACUAGAAGCAGCCACUUGUUGUGAUGACAACGAUAGUUUCUGCCCUCACGACUACCCCAUUUGUGACCUUGAUCAUGGAACUUGUUUAAUGAGCAAGAACAGUCUGUUUAGUGUCAAGGCUUUAAAGGGGUCAACCUUGCACAUUUGCUUCUUCGUAGAGGACCCUGAUUCAUAUGAGCAGAGAAAUCUUUGA